CUGCAGUCUACAGCUGUUUUGAAGGAUUGCAGUCAUGAAUCAGAGUAAAUGAAAUGCGUAUCACAAAGAAAACAUUAUAUUAUUAGUGCUUAAGAGGGAAAGUAAUGUUUCCUUUAUCUUAAUGGCAUAUUCAGAAAGAUCGACUCUUACAUACUUUUUUUAAAAAAAAUCAAUAAGCCUCCACCAACUUGAAAAUUGUCCACCAAAAUUUACCACCAUGUUAUGUUAUAACAGUUUAGCACUUUAGUGCUUAUUGAAAUUAUUUUAUAUAAGGUUAAGCAAACGCCCUCAGCAAGUUGGAUCAAUCACAAUACAUCAAGAUGAGAUUUCAAUUAACUAAGGACAAAUGAGAGUAGUUCCGACGCAAGAGUAGGAUUUUAAUUGAAUUAAUUCAUGUUCAUAUCCUUCAGCGUUAAAUUUCGCAUUUGGAUAAUGUCGACAAGUUGUAAUUCACAUUUCGAUGACGUGAAAAAUAGAGCCGCUAUUAAAAUACAAACUGUAUGGCGUACAUAUCACGCUCGCCAAAAAUACCAUUUGUACAAAUACACUGUGAGCAUUAAGAAGCAUGAAGCAGCAAUUGUCAUCCAACGUGCUUUACGACGUUGGUGGUACAAGAAGUGGCAGCAAUUACAAUCAUCUUUAUGGAAUGAAAUUCCCAAUGAACGACGAGAGAGAAUAAAUAGAUAUAUUGAAAUGUGGAGAAAGAAGAAUAAAGAGGGCAAAUAUCAUACCUUCGCACUAUCCAACGAAAACCAUGAAAUACUACGUUUGAUUAGUUUUUGGCAACUGGGUAAACAAGAGCGCGAUAGCAGGAGGAGAUUAGAAUCUCUCUGGGAGCAGGUGGAAGCCACGUCUUUAAUACUCGAGGGUUCCAAAUCCCUAGUGGAUUUUAAACUCACGGAUGCUGGUUUUUAUUGGUGUCCUUCAAUAGCACUGGCUGUGGAAGCAAGAUUAAGAAGCAAACGAAAGUUUUUGGUUUUGAACAACCCUUAUGAAAAUAAAUUAAUAAAAAACAUUAAUAAAGGUGAUAGUGUUGAUGACCCAAACACUUAAGUAAUAUUAAAUGAUAAUGGAUUGCAGAAGUGAUGCAAUAUUUCAAUAGAAGGAAUUGUGACACUGACUUUGAUUUUUAAUUAGGAUAUGGGUAUAGACUUUCACAAAAUGUACCAUAUUUCAAUAAUAAAGCUUUUAUUUAAGAGCACUGCUACAUGACAGCUGCACAGUAUUUUUCAGCAAAGCAAAUGCCUCGGCCAUUUUAAAAUACAUGAUCAAACUUUUGUAUAAAAAUUCAGUAAACAAAUUAAUAACAUUUUAUUACACAAUAAAAUAUUAAAUAUGUAUAUAACACACAAGACAAACACAUAUUAUAUACCAUUACAAAACGUAGUAAAAAUUAGCACAUUCUGAUAUAUGACAAAAAAUAAAAAAGAAGAAUUUUGUUUGCUGUAGCAGUGUGAUACAUUUUCCAUGAAGAAAAAUAGUAUAUGUCUCGUGUAGGUGGAUAUCAACCCUAGAUCCAAAUAUAAAUAAACCAGAAUUGGCUGGAAUUUUCCUGAAAACUAAUUAGAAUUUGAAUUUUCAAAUAAGAGUAAUAUUUGUCUAGUUGAAAUAUAUUGGAAAAUACAUCUAUGAACCCUUCUUUUUCUAAGUGACGUAGGUGCCUAAAGUUCAAAGUCUUUUUUUUUUCCUCUUGUUUUGUGAAGAACAUACCAGGGCCAUUACACUGCUAAUAUAUCUAAGCAAUGCUUGUCAAAGCAGUUUAUAAUAAAGCUUUCUGAAUGGGGUGUAUUGUCGUAGAGUGCUAGCAAUGCUGUUUAAAUCAUUUUCAAUAGAAAACAAAUUUUGUUUUUAGAGCACUUAGAUCACUUUGAAAAGAAAGGAUGCAUAAAAGUAUGCAUUUCCAAUUGAACGUAAUUUCUCAAAAUAUCCUCAAAGAGGAGGGGAAGAAGGGGAUACACCACUCUUUGGAUCCACUAAUGGUUGAUUUACAAUAUUCACAUAAAAUAAAAACUACUCACAUGCUUAUAAUAUAAAGCAUGUAAAGUAUAGUUAUAAAUUAGGCAAGCUCUGCACAGUAAAUCAUGUAUCAUAACAGGCACAAUAACACCAUCACAUCCAUGAAACACACUAUGAACAAGCUUUGUGGGAGUUGUGUCAACUUGAUAACGAGUGCAGUUACCAAUGUUGUGCAAGUUUCACCCCGUUGGAUUGGUCCCUGUCUGGUAGACAUUUAGCAACCCACUAGCAACAACAAAGUUUGAACAAGCAAUGAACCUCCCAACCACAAAGAAGCAGUCUAUCUUUCACCCACAGCUUGCUAAGCAAAAGCACACCAGUAUACAAAGUCUGCUUAGCAACAACGCCAAAUCUCAUCCGCAUAAUGAUAAUGAUGCAAGAUACAGCUUCAUGGAAUAAUUUGAAAGAUAUACAAAUGCUUUCCAGCAAUCUGUUGCUGGUUUAGAGUUAUGUGAGCAUUUCCACCACAAAAUGGAGAAUCAGCUCCUAAAUGAUUAAAGAUUUCGUUUGGCAAAAAUCGUUACUUCAGUUAGCAAAAAAAAAAAUUACCACAAAUGAAUGCUUUAGUAGUGAUAAGAUUAAAUGUCUAAGUACUGUAUCAAAAGCUUUUACACAUGUUCACUUGCCGUAAAUUUUAACACACACAAAAAAUAUCACAUUAUAAAAUGCUUUUUUGAAAGCAGCAAACGAAGACCACUAUUCAAUGCACAUGCCUUUUCAUAUUUACUCUGCAGUCUCAAAAUACUUCUCUCUGAUAUUCCUCAAUGAUCACAGAUUCUUUUUGUUGUAUACAGAAGAAAACCUUUCAUUUCAAUAUUUGCAUUAGUUAACCAAACUAAUACUUAAGAACCAAUCUUUGACAAAGUAUUCACAGAGUUAUCCAAUAACUACUUACAAAAUUCCAGGAAUUCAGAAAAGUGCCACAUUGGUUUAUCCACUUAUCUCAUACUACCAUACAUAACUGCCAAUAGUGAGAAAUGUACUUAUUUCCACAAGAGUGGAAAUGUAUUAAAGUAAAACACAGUUUACACAACUUAAGAAAUAAUGCAAAUACAUGUACCAAUAUAUUCAUUAUGCUUAGCUGUGAAAAAGUUUACUCCAGCUUUUCAGUUCUACAUCAAUUGCAGAUUAUUCAAUAAACAUUACAUUAGAGGCCAUACAAUCUCUACAUUUAAAAAUUAUUGUGCUUUACCGCAGUGCACUUAAGAUGCAUUACAAGCAAUAAAGAUAAAUGGAUAACCCACACAUUUCUUGAUAUCAACUUCUUUAGUAUCAUAUCCAUCAAUACACCCACAGAAUAAUUUGCCUUUCACACACUGGAGUUGGAAAUAUUCUUUCUUUUAGUAAAGUGGUUUUAUUUCUUCACAAAUAAAAUCUUUGGAGAGUUGCUCUCUUCUUUACAUAUUAGCUGAAACUAUUCCUUUCCAAGCAAAAUAAAUGCACUUUAUUUGGUUAAUAUGAGGUAAAAUCUUGCAUUAUAAUGCAUUAAGUACAGAUACAGAAAAUUCAAUAGUGCGUUAUCAGAAAUAUCUAGUUUCACUGUCAUAAUACUGAAAGACCCUAACCUCAGUGGCACGACGAAACAUCACAAAUGAAUGCUUCACACUUUAAAGAGCUGCAAUGUGAUAUGCAUAAUAAAGGCGCUAAUAUAGCACAUGUGUUUCUAUUAAGGUAUAACUCAGAAAAGCAUUCACAAGAGUGUAAAUGCAUAUAUUUCAGGCAAAAAAUGAAAACUUGGGAAAAAUCUUGAGAUGCAAACGGGGCCUGGGUUACCCUUAACGAUAAGUCGUUCUCUUUCCAGGAAUGCAACCAAGAAUAUAAUAAGCUACACAAUAAGCUCAAAUUGAAAAUUCUGUCACCCAGUAAUAAUCGUAAUACAAGUAUCACCAUUUUACCAGUGCCUGCUUCUGAAAUUAUAUGGAUCAAGCUGGUGUACUAACCAACAUUUUUUUAAAAAUAUUUAUUUG